CUCCUCGGUUCAGGCGGGCUGGUUGAACAGCGUAGCAAAGUCUUCCGUUAACUGUUGUGUAACAGAAGUUGCAUUACUUUGAUAGUUUAACGUGCUAGUAAGCUAAAGUAGAGACAUUUCACGCGGUGAAUGAUCGGGAGCAUGUUAGCAUUUAAAACUAUCGAUGAUUAAAGCCAGGUUAGCUUCUCCAGCGUGCAAACAUUAGCUUGUGUUUCUUACAUCAACGUCAGUGUUGCAGCUGUUUGGUUAACGUUAGCUUAAUAAAAUUCACAAGCAAUGGACCGACCAUCAAGGAAGACAAAGACUGUGAAUUACUGUGAAGCCAAGGACUUUGAUGAUGCAGAUGAUGAUUUUGCCUGUGCGAUGGCUCCACCCAGCAAAAAGGCCAGGGAGGAUGUGAAACAAGAGCACAAGAGAUCGUCAAGCCAGUCCUUCGGUCAAGAGUCCAACUCACAAUCCACAGUGAUACAGAAGAGCAGAAGACCAUUGGAUGAGAAGUUGCAUGAAAGAGAUCUAGAAGCAGCCAUUACACUAUCCCUGCUGAAUAAUGCAGAUGGGAUAAAAGACCAGUCUUCGACCAGUAAAGGAGAUGUCAAGGUUCAAGAUCCAGUAGAUGAAAACACAGAUCCAGCAUCUUUGCACUUGUCCAACUGCAGUGUGCAUACUGCAAUUUGGGGCCUGGAUGAAAUCACACUAGAAAAAGAGUCACUUGCCCAUUCAAGACAGAGAAAGGAGUCUGUCACUAAAGCCACUGAAGAGCAUAAGAAAAAGCCUACGGAUGAAGAUGAAGACUAUGAGCCCAAACUGAUGCCAGAUUCAGAAAGUGAUGAAGAUUUCAGUGAACCAGCUGAGAGUGAAGAUGAGGAAUUCACAGUGAAGAAAGUCAGCAAAACAAAAAAGGAGAAAGCAACCAAGAACGUGAAGACCAAACCGCAGCCUUCUGCCUCUAAAAAAGAAAAGCGAACAUCAAAACCGUCAAAGUCCAAAUCACAGGCAGCAGCAGCUUCCACACCAGUGAGAAGUCCUCCAACAGCCAAACUUGCACCCAAAAGACCGGCGUCAUCCUCCACAGCUUCCACAUCAAAACCUGCAUUCUCUCUGAACCCAGCAGGGGGCAGAAUACCCAAGUGGACCCCACCAGGUCAAAUUGGUAGAAGUCCUAAUUCAUCCCAGAGUCCAGCAGUGAAGUCUCCAGGUCAGGGUCUGCGACUAGGGCUGUCCCGUGUGGUUCGAGUCAAACCUCUUCACCCCAGUGUUGCGAGUCACUGAUUGAAUAACCACCAGUCUUGUUGUGUUAGCUUUAUCACUUUUUUUUUUUAAAAUACCCCCCCCCCCCUUUCUGCUUUUUACACAUAUGACGAGAUUCCCAGGAUAUAUUUUUCACAUGAUGCUUUUUGGGCACACAUGCCACUUGCACCUUGAGCUUAUUUCAACAUACAUAGUAAAAAGGUGAUGGAACAGUGAUUUGGUGUACUUUGUUGACCCUAGUUAUUGAAAUCAUAAUUAAUUCCAGUUUCACACCUUUAUCAGUACAGUUGGUCAUCCCCUUCUCAGAUUUGAGUUUGAAUGGCAUGUGGAAGAAUGAAUUGUUCCUGAUAAUUGAUCUGAUAAUAUUCUCCCAUCUUUUCCUAUUGUGUGUAAAGGCUGUAUAUUUUGUACAUAUAAAUAUAAAAUAAAAUUUAAAAGCAGUUUAA